GUCACUUCCCGUGCUGCUGUCAACAGUGUCGAUGUCAAAACACUUCUUCGAGGAAUCCUCCAACAGAGCACAGAAUGACAGAGCAAUGAGGAAAUUCCAUUCAAAUAGUGUUCACUGGUUGCCCGGUAACCAUAACGUGCAGCCAAGAACAAUGAGUGGUUACAGCCACUGCUCCAGUAUAUAUAGCAGAGCAGCAUGCAAGACACAAACAAAGCUACAGACAAACACUACAAGAAGAUCUGCAGAGACAGAACCCAGAGAGAACAUCCACUACAGCAAUGGGUAUCCUCCUGAGCAGUCUCCAUCAAGCUCUUAUGAAUUUAAGUGGAACCAAGGCUCGUAUCCUCAUGUUGGGUCUCGAUGCAGCUGGGAAGACCACAGUUCUGUACAAGCUGAAAUUCAAUGAAACUGUCUCCACUAUCCCCACAAUUGGAUUCAAUGUGGAAACGGUUGAACCCAUUCGUAACGUGUCCUUCACUGUCUGGGAUGUUGGUGCCCAAGAAAAGAUCAGAGCCCUGUGGAAGCAUUACUUUCAGAACACAGAUGGACUGAUCUUUGUAGUAGACAGUGCUGACUGGGAGAGGUUUGAUGAGGCAAAGAGUGAGCUUGAAGCCAUUCUUGAACAUGAUGAAAUGAGAGGGGUCCCAUUUUUGGUGAUGGCCAAUAAGCAGGACCUUCCAGGUUCCAGGAGACCAUCGGAUGUAGCCGAGGCUCUGGGACUGAUGAAAAUACAAGGUCACAAGUGGCAUGUCCAGGGAUGCUGUGCAGCAACAGGGGAUGGAUUGGUGGAGGGGCUGGAGAUCCUGACCAACAUGGUGAAAGAAUUCCAGAAGAAGAAGCCAUAUUGAGCUGGUGGAAGAGCAGCUAAAGAGCAUCUUAUCUCACUUGAGUACAUGCUUGUUGCAAAACUCAGCUCUGCAUCUUGGCAAACAGCACAAGAUAUGAUUAAAUGCACGUAAUUGACAUGUUGGGUUUAGUGGCAAUUAAAUAAGUGCAAAAACAAAGAUUGACUUUUCAGCUCGCACUGACUUUUCUAACUGCUGAAGAACUACAGUGAAAGGUGAUGGAAGGGGAACUGGAACUCUCCAAUUUAUGGUCCACCUGUGGACAAACUUUCAAACAGAUUGUUGGCAGAACCUUUUGCCAAAGGCUUAGGAGAAUGAAGCAUAAAUUGAAUGAUUCUCUAGAAUGUGCAUAGCAAUGUUAUACUGUCUGCAAAUAAUGUUGCAUUCAAUUGUAUUGUUAAUUUUACAAAUAAAAUCUGUUUAUUUUUCCACAAAAAAAAAUUGUUUAGUUUAGUGUUCAUUUUGUUACAGUCUAUAUAACUAAGAUGUAAGUAAAUACCUGUCUGUAAAUGAAAAAUACUUGGUAAUAUCUAUUCACUAAACAGUUGGUAAAUGUUGUUCCAUGGGGAAAAAAAGGUGUAGAUUCUUAUUAAAAUAUAAAAAGUUGCAUUUUUCCUAACAAUUUUUUAAACCUAUAUUCUUCAUGUCUAUAAAUGUUUACCAUAGGAGUCUAUUAUCUAAGCAAUGAGUUAAAAACCAAACUGAAAAAUUCAGAGCAAAACUGCUUAAGUAGAAAGAAAUAGUUAUCACUGUUG